AUGAAUCCUCAGGAUGUCGACCGUCAGCAUCCGAUUUAUGUCAUUGUGCCAUUGCCGAAUAAUGACGACUUCUCGCAAGGCAAAAAUCCGUUCCUCCUCUCAUUGCCAAAGGUUAAACCGAUCAUUGAUUUGGCCGUUGACAAGGUUUACAAGGAUAAGCUGGUAGAACGUGGUUCUUUGGUUGUUGUGUAUCGCGACACCCACUUGUCGGAUGCGCAUGGUCCAAAUGUCGCCGUUGAGCAAUACAAAAUAAAUCAAAUCGACUGCAUCAUCGGCUAUGCUUAUGGGUAUGCACUUGCACCGGUCGCCCGAAUGUCACCAUAUUGGCGGAAUGGUGUACCUGUGAUCACGCCAAUUGGUCUGACGAUGAGCUUGGAUGAUAAAACAGAAUACCAACUGAUGACGAGAAUUAACACUCCGUACAAGGUUGUUUCCCGGGCAGUGUCGACACUAUUCAAAACGCUGAAAUGGAAACGUCACGUCUUCAUGUUCCAUCACGCGAAGAGUCCCUCAAUAGCUGUCGGCGAGUGUUUCCUUCUGAUGGCAAGUAUCCAGCAUCCGCUUCGAGAGAACUUCGAGAUGCAGCACAACUUCUUCACGUUCAAUGAGGAUCAUCAUGCGAAUAUGACAUGGGAACGACGGCAGCAGGAAUGGUUGACCGUAUUAUGUGCGAUUCUGAUUGCCGAUGGAAUCGUGGUGUCGCCGACCACGACGUCGUCGUCGUCGUCGCCAUUGAAGACGACGAAACGGAAGCUGCCGCCGCUGACGCCCUCGCAGCUCGCGCAUUUUCCGUUCAAUGUGAUCGUGAUUCUACCCGAGAAAGAGUCGAUCUAUGACAAUUUCCGGAUGACACUUCAGAAGGCGAAGCCCGUUAUCGACACCGCACUCGACGACGUCGCUAAGAAAGGCUUUCUGCCACCGGACUGGAUCAAUUUGACGUAUUGGGAUUCGAGACUCUAUGAGGACAUUUCACUUGCUGAGCGGCACGCAACCGUCGGAGUCAUUCAGGCUUAUUGCGAACAUCGUCUAGACGCGAUUCUCGGAUUUGCGGACAACUAUGGCCUGGCGACGGUAACCAAGGUCACUGCCGGUCUGAACGGCGGGAUUCCGAUUCUAACGACGUCGGGAAUGCCGUCGCUGCUCAAUUCAAAGAAGGAGUAUCCAUUUCUGACGCGAAUGCAAGGAUCCUACCAACUUCUUGCCGACUCGAUGUACCAGUUGAUCGCUUACCACGAGGAUGAUUUGAAUUUGUCGUCGUCGAACUCGUCGUUAAACUAUAUCCACCUCUUAUUCUUCUAUCAUGAUAAACGGCGAGCUGUGAAUCGGCAGGAAGACGAGAAUCAGGAGACGGGCGCCAUCUCAUCACACUGUUAUUUUUCACUGUAUGCUAUUAAACGCUAUUUCACUGAGAAGAGCUCGACGUUCAAACGUGAAUGGGCUCUGAACACACCGCAAUUUCCGUUCGAUGAGGAUCAACUGAUCGGACGGGAGACGUUCAAGCAGUGGUUGCGGGAGAUCUCGUAUCAAUCAAACGGUUAG